CGAAUAGAAAAUCACGAGGCGGGCACCUGACCUCGGUGGUAGAUUCUCUCUUCCGCCCCCCCUCUCUCUCUCUCUCGAGAAGCAUCCAUCCGAAGAAAUUUCCCUCCUCCCAGACCAAAAUUCAACCCUUUUCUUCCCUUCCAGGUUCGCAAUAUCCACCUUUCCCUUUUUUUCGCAGUGAAUCCGAAGCUGUUUGAUUUUCAUUUGGACUACCUUUAUGCGUCUGCGUUGAGGAUUUUUUGUUUAUGCUUCUCGAUGUUACGGAUUUGCUGUAGUUUCAGUCUUAGUUAUGGAAAGGGUUUUGGGUGGUUUUAGCUCCCUUUGGUGUUGCAUUCAUCGGAAAAAUGGACCAUGAUUCGACGUUUUGACCUUUGAAUGUUUUGAGGAGAGACAAAAAGACUUGUGACAGUGAAUUAGUUUGUAGCAUCAUCUGAAAUGUCUAAGGACUGGAGGAUGAAUCGAUUGGCUCCUAGUCACGCAAGCACAGCUCCACGUGCUUCCCGUUCAAAUGAUUCUGAUGCAAGUAAAUUGGAAACUUCUUCUCCACCUUCGGCUGAGAGGGAGUGGGAAGAAACAAGGUGCCCCAUAUGCAUGGACCAUCCACACAAUGCUGUCUUGCUGAUAUGCUCUUCUCGUGAAAAGGGUUGCCGACCCUACAUGUGUGAUACAAGCUACCGACAUUCAAAUUGUCUUGAUCAGUUCCGCAAAUCAUUUCCAGAGGCGGCAACAGUUGGUCGGACAAAUUUUGAAUCUGCAGCUAGGAUGCGUAACCAGUCAGUAACAGAAAGAGGAAGACAUAGGUUGUCAAUAUCAUCCUCAAAUAGGUCUCUUAGGGGACAAGGUGUAGACAUCGCAUGUCCCCUUUGCCGGGGGCAGAUCUUGGGAUGGACUGUUGACGAGGCUGCUCGCAAGUUUAUGAAUUCGAAAAUAAGAAGCUGCUCUCUAGAAUCGUGCGAGUUCACUGGAACUUAUGCUGAGCUAAGGAAACAUGCUAGAAGUGAACAUCCCUCUUUGAGACCAUUCGAGGCAGAUCCUCAGCGACAAUCUGAUUGGGCGAGGCUUGAGCGGCAAAGGGACCUAGGGGACACCCUUAGUGCGUACCAUGAAUUUGACCCUGACACUGGUGAUCUUCUGGGUGAUGACUACUUAGGCCCACAUGAUGUUCUCUUGGGUGACUUGACCCCAGUUGAUCUUAACAUGGGCGUGCAGCCAGAAGGAGAUAAUUUGUUUGAUCUGCUCAGCGGGUUUGAUUUGGAGUCUGACGAUAGCCUAGGCGAAGGUGCAAGUGCACUGGUAGAUUUGAGUUAUGAACUCGAGUUUUCCUUUUCUUUCUUGAACGAAUUGUCUGUGUGUCCUUGGGACAUUGGCAGUCCUGUAAGUAGAAGUAGUAGCAGUAACUUAUUUGAUAUGAGGCGUAGAAGGCCAAGAUCAAGGUCAGUUGAUCGUAGGGAGACCAUAAGCCCACGUCGGAAUGCAUCUAGGCGAUCAAGACAUAGGCCAUAUUAUUCACCUCGGCGUGAUAUGGAUGAAGGGCUAUGAUAGUCGAAGAAGAAGUUGAUUCAGCAGAGCAUUUUGGUAUUAUAGUGUUCUUGUUUUUUGGUGAUAUAAUCAAGUCUUUUGGUUACAUCAACUGAAUGAUGAAGAAGAAAGUCUUUAAUAUGUUGGUAGAAAUGAAACUUGCUGUUCUGCUAUUUGCAGAAGUUGCGUUUUUUUUCCUUUUUUUUUUUUUGGUCAUGUUGCAGAAGUAGUUAGUUAAAGGCUGAGAGCUUGUAGUUUUGCCUUCUGAGGGCGAACAGCAGCAUGUUUUAUUUGCCUUAUUAUUUUUGAAAAGGUCUUUGCCUUAGUAUUGUUAUUAUUAAUUAUUUUUGUUUAAAAACUGUUCUCCAGG